AUGAAGGCUGCCCAAGAAGCCGCUGCUGCUAUGGCAGCGUCGUCUACAACAGCUCGGCCUGUUCCGAUGCUCACAGUGGACGUCCCUACAGGUCCACCGGGCCAAACACGCGUCAGCACUACUACACUACUCAGUCCCUCGGCUCGUACCAUUGCUUCACCAGCGACGGCUCAAGAAACGGACGGAGAAGAUGGGGAGGACCAACCCAAUGCGUCCUCUCCUAUGGACACCGGCCGUGGGGUAUCAGUAACCCCACAACGGGUCCAUGAUAAACAAAAGAUCGCCUGCCGCUCGGUUGCGGCGUGA